ACAGCAGGAAAAAAAAGACGAAGAAGCCGCUAAGCGGAAGUAAGGGAAAACGAAGCUAACCCGCUAACAAGCGGAUAAUCUUUGUAAGGUUAAUUUGCAACCUUGCGUCGUUUUGAUGCUUUUGUGCCAAUCAAAGCAAGUGUUGGUUGAUUUAAUUUAAUGGCAUAUACAUGCGUACGGUUUUGUUUUAUUCUGUUUCGUGGUCCUGGCGAACACGAGCCUAGCAUGGGCUCCUAGCUCAUUGAAGCGAAUAGCUGGAAAAUAACACUCGUCAUUUAGAGCAUAUAAUAUAAUUUUUAAUAUAGCCUUAUUUUUUAAUCAAAAGUACAAGUGUUGUUGUAUGUAGUUGCAGAAGAUGUCAGCAGAUACUAAGAUCGCUGAGCUGCUCACUGAACUCCAUCAACUCAUCAGACACACGCAGGAGGAGCGGUCACGCAGCGAACACAAUCUGCUCAACAUCCACAAAACCCACGAAAGGAUGCAAACGGAAAACAAAACGUCGCCGUACUACCGCACCAAGUUGAGAGGACUUUACACCACUGCCAAGGCCGACGCGGAGGCGGAGUGUGGGAUCCUGCGUCGUGCACUGGACAAAAUAGCCGAGAUCAAGUCGUUAUUAGAGGAGCGAAGGAUCGCCGCCAAGAUGGCCGGAGUUUACAGCGACAGUGACCCCCCCAGGAAGACCAUGCGACGUGGCGUCCUCAUGACGCUUCUCCAGCAGUCGGCCAUGACGCUGCCGCUCUGGAUUGGCAAGCCUGGCGAGAGCCCGCCCCCUCUGUGUGGAGCCACGCCCGCCAGCGGUGACUAUGUGGCCAAGCAGGGAGACAAGGUGGCGGCCAGGGUCAAGGCGGUGGACGGAGACGAGCAGUGGAUCCUGGCAGAGGUUGUGAGCUACAGCCAUGCUGCAAACAAGUACGAGGUGGAUGACAUCGAUGAAGAGGGCAAAGAGCGACACACUCUGAGCAGGCGUCGCAUCAUCCCGCUGCCGCAAUGGAAGGCCAACCCAGAGACGGACCCCGAGGCGCUUUUCAGCAAAGACCAGCUGGUGCUCGCCCUUUACCCACAGACCACCUGCUUCUACCGCGCCCUCAUACACGCCCCGCCGCACAGGCCCCAGGACGACUACUCGGUGCUGUUCGAAGACACGUCGUACGCCGACGGGUACUCACCGCCUCUCAACGUGGCUCAACGUUACGUGGUAGCCUGCAAGGAGAACAAGAAGAAGUAAAAGCAAACCAAAGUGCGCAAGACAUCGUUGCACAUCACCUUUGCCUCAAACGACACCUAGUGGCAAAGCAAGGAAGUGCAUUCUGUCAAAGGAAUAAUUUGGGUUUUUUUUUUAACUUGCAAGGAAAUAUGUCAUUAAUAUUAACUGUAAAUAGUAAAAUAUGUGUGAAACUGUUUUUAAACAUUAAAAGAUACCAAAUGA